AUGAAAUUAGAAUCUCAUGCAAUUCCCAUUUGUACAGUUGGAAUUAAAACUCUGCAUGAGCCAAACAAGCUAACUGGCUCUCAAGAAGCUUUAGUUGAAACUUUCUUUAGUCUAAGAUAUCUUGAAUGA